AUGGAACAAGAAAAGAACAUUAGUACUCUGGAAUGCAAAAGUACAGAUUUAUGUAUAUCUUCUCGACCUAGCAAAGAGUCAAGUCCUAACCCAAUUGAACCUUUGGGAAAGCAAGAUACCCCUCAUUCUCCUUCACAAAAAAGAACAGAGCACAUAGGUGAAUCUGGAAGUCAACCUCCACUUCCAGACGAACCGAUUCCUGAAGAAUAUCAAACAAAAAGCACAGAGGGACCCGAAAGCCAACCCCCUCUCCCAGAUGAGCCUUUACCUGAAGAGUAUCAAGGACCAGCUCACAAAGAAGACGACGCUCAACCACCACUUCCAGAUGAACCGAUUCCUGAAGAAUAUCAAACAAAAAGCACAGAGGGACCCGAAAGCCAACCCCCUCUCCCAGAUGAGCCUUUACCUGAAGAGUAUCAAGGACCAGCUCACAAAGAAGACGACGCUCAACCACCACUUCCAGAUGAACCGAUUCCUGAGAAAUCAAAAUCUAUAGACAAUGAUACUGAUCCUUCUAUUUCCGGUGCGGAUGUACUUAGCAGUCAGCCAUCUAUCGCUUGGUCGGAAGAUCAACAGGUAGCGGCAAUUUGGGACAAUAAUGCACAGGCGUACUAUUUUUGGGACCGCCGUACCAAUACCACAAGCUGGGAAAAUCCACUAGAAACUGCUCAGUCUGAAGAAGAACCCUCUGAUACUUAUGCUACGAGAGUACAGUUUAAUCGGUUAUCUGGUAAAUAUAUGCCCGAUUGGGCAACUCCUGAAAUGAAGAGUGAAGAAUACAAGGCUCACAAACAUAUGGGCCAAUUUUUUGAUGUAGACGCCGCCAUGUCUAGUACAGGAGGAAAAAGCCUCCUGGAGGAACGAAGAAAUAAAAAAUAUACUAGAAAGGAAAUGGAACAAAUGAAGAAAAGGAAUAAAGAAAAGAAGGAACAAAAGCGCCGAGCAAUGUUCGACAUCGCUUCAGACGACAAGGAUUUCCGGAGAAGAAAAAUUAUUCGUUAUUAA